AUGUAUGACCUCCUCACUGUUCUCAUGAACUAUUUCAUCACUGUUCUCAUGUAUGACCUCCUCACUGUUCUCGUGAACUAUUUCAUCACUGUUCUCAUGUAUGACCUCCUCACUGUUCUCGUGAACUAUUUCAUCACUGUUCUCAUGUAUGACCUCCUCACUGUUCUCGUGAACUAUUUCAUCACUGUUCUCAUGAACGACCUCCUCACUGUUCUCAUGAACUAUUUCAUCACUGUUCUCAUGUAUGACCUCCUCACUGUUCUCAUGAACUAUUUCAACACUGUUCUCAUGAACGACCUCCUCACUGUUCUCAUGAACUAUUUCAUCACUGUUCUCAUGUAUGACCUCCUCACUGUUCUCAUGUAUGACCUCCUCACUGUUCUCAUGAACUAUUUCAUCACUGUUCUCAUGUAUGACCUCCUCACUGUUCUCAUGAACUAUUUCAUCACUGUUCUCAUGUAUGACCUCCUCACUGUUCUCAUGAACUAUUUCAUCACUGUUCUCAUGUAUGACCUCCUCACUGUUCUCGUGAACUAUUUCAUCACUGUUCUCAUGUAUGACCUCCUCACUGUUCUCAUGAACUAUUUCAUCACUGUUCUCAUGUAUGACCUCCUCACUGUUCUCGUGAACUAUUUCAUCACUGUUCUCAUGUAUGACCUCCUCACUGUUCUCAUGAACUAUUUCAUCACUGUUCUCAUGUAUACCUCCUCACUGUUCUCGUGA